AUGAAGGCCGUCAGGGUUGCCGUGGUGGGGGCUGGUGUGAUCGGGCUCUCCACCGCCGUCUGCAUCGCCGAGGCUCUUCCCUUCUGCUCGGUCACGGUGCUCGCUGAGAAGUUCAGCCCCGACACCACCAGCGAUGGAGCUGCUGGGAUCCUGUUUGCUCAAAAGUUUCCAGAUAUUCCCCUGGAAAGACAACGACGCUGGUUCAAGGACAGCUUCGAUCACUUGUUGUCCAUUGCGCAAUCUCGAAGCUCACCAGAGGCCGGAGUCAUGCUGAGCUCUGGCUGGCAGAUUUUCAAGGAGGCUCCAGCCGAUGAGAAGCCCUUCUGGUCGGAGUUUGUGAUCGGCUUUCGGCAAAUGACCGACGGUGAACUGAAGCGUUUCCCGUCACACAAGUUCGGUCAGGCCUUCACUACCAUAAAGUGCGAAUGCUCCAGCUACCUGCCGUGGCUGGAGAAGAGGUUCAGAAAAGCUGGAGGCCAAGUGGAGCAGAAGAAAGUCAACGAUCUCCAGGAAUUAAGUAACAGCUUCGAUAUCAUCGUCAACUGCUCUGGCCUGGGCUCUAAAGCGUUGGUUUGUGACACUCAGAUAUACCCAGUGAGGGGUCAGGUGCUAAAAGUGGAGGCCCCCUGGCUCAAGCACUUCAUCAGAGACGGAGACGGGAAGACCUACAUCUACCCCGGGAUACGCAGCGUCACCGUGGGAGGGACGAGGCAGGAGGGAGACUGGCGGCUCCAGGUGGACCAAGGGGACAGGGCGGGGAUCCUGGAGCGCUGCACGGAGCUGGAGGCGUCGCUCAGCGAGGCCAGAGUCCUCGGACAGUGGGUGGGGCUGAGGCCGAGCAGGAGGAACCCGAGGGUGGAGAGGGAGGUGGCGCAGCUGCAGGGCCGCCGGGUGCCCGUGGUCCACAACUACGGCCACGGGGGCUGGGGGGUCACCCUCGCCUGGGGCACCGCUCUGGACGCGACGGCGCUCGUCAGGCAGUGCGUCAGUGAGAUGCCUCUACGAGCCAAACUGUGAGACACUACAUCCUGGUUCACUCAGGACCGACAACAUCUACCUUUAAAUGCACACUUACACUUAAAUCGAUCAAAAGGCACUGACACUUUUAGAAUUUACAUUUAACACUAUUUCUUGAAAGGAGAUAAUUUAAUUUAAUAUCAACGGUGGUGGUUUUCUCUUUUUAUUGGUGCUGUUUGGAGAGAGAAGGUUAAAUACAAUAAAUACGACAAGGUGAACUUUAUUAAAAACACUCAUUAACACAAGACUUGAACACAUAUUAACAGCCUCGUUAGCAAUUUAUCACUGUAUAUGUAAAAAGAAAC